UUUCCAGAUUUCUUUGGUGAGAUAUCUUUAGGAUAUUUAUUGGAUAUUUUUCAUAUAAUUGUCUAAUGUUUCUGGGAUGUUUCAGCUUCUGUUUACUCUGUUACCGUCUAGCCUAUACUCUGGAUGACGUAUUACCGGUGUGAUGUAUGAAGAGAUGAUGUUCCAGUCUAUCCAGUGUUUGAGUAGCUUGAGCCAGACUACAGAAUACCUCUGCUUCUGCUGCACAGAUGUUGUUCGUUCUUUUCUUUAAUCUGUCUCUCUGUAGUCAUCUAACUUUAUGGAAGAGUGAAACUAAAUCAGAGGAGUGUCCCUUUAACCUCUCUCUCUCUCAGGCUUUCCCCAUUCUCACUUCCUCCAUCUCCAGCUCCCACCCCCAUCUUCCCCUCUCUCUCUCCCCACACUGGGGCGUGUGUAAUCGGGGGAGGUGUAAGGACAUGUGUGCCCCUCCUCUUCUUCUUAAUGUCUGGAUAAUAGCUGGUGUAAAGUGGAUUUGAACUUGCAGCCGGUGCUGAGAGGAGGAAGAGGAGGAAGAGGUCCGAGCAGCAGAGAAGCUGAAACGAGCUGUCAGACUUUGUUGGUUUUAGGACAUCCAGGGAUUUCUUUUGGAAAAGUCUGAAGUGAUAAAACAGAAGCAACUGGAUUUUCUUUGCACUCUUGGAUUUACAAGAUCGUGUUGAGAUGAUUCCUCACAUCCUCACACACCUGCUCUGCCUGGUGUGUCUGAGUUCUGCUCGUCCUCAACCAGCAGCACCACUGAGCCCAAUGAAGAUGCAGAAGAACUCCCCAGCGUCUGGUUCUCUGGCGGGCCGGGUGGAGCUGCCGUGCCACAUCGCCAUCACGCCAGUUUCUCCCAGCAGCACGACACUCGCUCCAUCGCACGCCCUCCCAACGCCUCCCACCACGCCGAGUCCUGAGGAGGAGCUGAGGAUCAAGUGGACCAAGCUGGAGGAGGGGGUGGAGAAGGUGGUGCUGGUGGCCCAGGGAGGGGUGGUGAAGGUGGGGCAGGACUACCUGCGCAGGGUGUCGCUGCCCAGCUACCCGCUGUCGAUCGGGGACGCCUCCCUGACGAUUGUGAAGCUCAGGGCCAGUGAUGCGGGGCUUUACCGCUGUGAGGUCAUGCACGGGAUGGAGGAUAUCCAGCACACCGUCAGCCUGCGCGUCACCGGUGUGGUGUUCCACUACCGAGCCAACACCAGCCGCUACACUCUGGAUUUCCCCGCGGCUGUGGAGGCGUGUCGCGCUGCAGGCGCCGCCAUCGCUACACCCGAACAACUCACGGCCGCGUUUGAGGACGGCUUGGACCAAUGUGAUGCAGGCUGGCUCUCCGACCAGACGGUCAGGUACCCGAUCACGGCGCCCCGUCCCGGCUGUGCAGGAAAUCUGAUGAGCCGACCAGGAGUGAGAACGUACGGCAUCCGCGAGCCCUCGGAGCUAUACGACGCGUACUGCUACGUAGAUGAACUACACGGCGACGUCUUCCACCCUCCGUCCGUCCGCGAUAAGCUCACCCUGCAGCAGUCCAGAGACGAGUGUGAGAAGCACGACGCCGUGCUGGCGUCCCCCGGUCAGCUGUUCGCUGCGUGGAGGGCUGGGCUGAACCGCUGCGACUACGGCUGGCUGGCGGACGGCAGCGUCCGCUACCCGGUCACCGUCCCCAGGCAGCAGUGUGGAGGAGGCCUGCUGGGGGUCCGCACGCUCUACAAGUACGAUAACCAGACCGGCUACCCGGACCCCACCGAACGCCACGCACUGUACUGCUUCAAGGAACUCCUGCCCUGCUCGACCAACGUCUGUCAUCAUGGAGGCUCCUGUUACAAAAAACACACACAACAUAUCUGUGUCUGUGCACCUGGAUACACCGGGCAGCUCUGUGAAACAGAUGUUGAUGAGUGCCGGUCUAACCCCUGUCUGAACGGAGCCACCUGUCUGGACGGAGUCGACUCCUUCAGCUGCCUCUGUCUGCCCAGCUACUCGGGACGGCUCUGUGAACGAGACAUUGAGGUUUGUGGUUUUGGUUGGCAGAAGUUUCAGUCUCACUGUUAUAAAUACUUCACCCACCGGCGGACGUGGGACGCUGCUGAGAGGGAGUGUCGGCUGCACGGCGCCCACCUGGCCAGCAUCCUGUCACAGGAGGAGCAGCAGUUUGUCAACCGUCUGGGCAGCGACUACCAGUGGCUCGGCCUCAACGACAAGAUGUUUGAGAGAGACUUCAGAUGGACCGAUGGAAACCCGAUGCAAUACGACCACUGGAGGCCCAACCAGCCCGACAGCUUCUUCCAGUCCGGAGAGGACUGUGUGGUGAUGAUCUGGCACGAGGGAGGCCAGUGGAACGACGUGCCCUGCAACUAUCACCUGACCUUCACCUGCAAGAAGGGCACAGUCUCAUGUGGGCAGCCCCCCGUGGUGAAGGAUACCCGCGUGUUCGGUGCCGUGAAGCCUCGCUACGAGAUCAACGCGCUGCUCCGCUAUCACUGUGAACCGGGCUUCAUCCAGAGACACCCCCCCACCGUACGCUGCCGAGCCAACGGCCAAUGGGACGAGCCCAAAGUCACCUGCACAAGCCCCGCCACCUACCACAAGUCGUUGACUCUGCGGCGCCCUAACCACCACGUCCAUCACCCGAAGAGCGCUCAGAAACCCGAUCAGAACCAGGAGCAGCAGCAGAGUUACAGCGUCUUCCAGAGCUUCUGGAACCCGUUCCAGAGGGAGAAGAGGCAGCAAACCCACGACGAGGACCGGAUGAGGCACUGAUCGGGGGUUUGUGAGUCAGCUCCGCGGCGGCGAGCGAACACGGCGGGCUCGCCGGAGGCAUCGAUAGACGGUAGAGAUGCACUGAACUGUCUAUCGAUGGCUCUCUAAAGGACGAGGGGGACGUGUUUCACCACAACACCGUCCCCCCAGAAACACUCCAGGAUCUGAACCGUCACACUAGAGACGACUUAGUUUCAUUAUAUCAGGACACGACGCUCAACGCUCCAUCAUCACUCUGACCUCCAUCUGACCUCCAUAAGGUGUGAAGAGGGUCUAGACCAGCGGUCAGCAACCUGCAGCUCUUCAGCUCCUCUCCAGCGGCUCCCUGUGGACUUACAAACAUGGAAACUCUUCUUUUGUUUACAUCUUCAUUUUUAUUUAUCAUUGUUGUAGGUCUCUGGUACGACGGUACGACGGUACGACGGUACGUCGGAGUAUUAGGGCCACAUUGAGGAAAAAAAUAUUUUGGGGAUUACGAGAAUAAAGUC